UAUUAAAUCUGUUUUUGUAUUAUUUUUUUUUCCAGUUUUAUUCCUGUUUUAAUGCUAUUUUUUUGCUGUUUUUUUGUUGUUGUAGGCAUUAUAAUUGUUAUGAAGACGGCGCAAAGAAAUUUACCCCGGGUUUUAGGCUAGGUGUUGAUUAUGUUGAGGAUAAAACUUGGUUUUACCAUUUGGCCACAUGCGACAUGUUUAUGAACGACUCGGUAAAGUUUCCAAUUUAUAUUGUACUUAUGGUAGUUUGUUUUUAGUUGCUUUAUAAAUGUUUUUUAGUUUUGAUACUACAUUUCAGUUUUUUUACAGUUGUUAAACCUUUUCAUUUGUGUUUCUGUGUUGUUUUUUUUUCUCAGCAUAUGAACACCAUAUUCUAUUACCUUCGGAAAAAAGGUAAGUAUUCUUCCGCUGUGACGUUGAAUUUCGCAACUACUGAUUGUCUUUUUGAUGAUUCCAUCCAAGCAUUGUACCACAAAUUUAACAAGGCCAAGUCAAUGAAGACUAAGAUGUCACACAUUCACGCUGCCCACCCAAUUGCGCAUUCCCUGUUCCAAGCCUUGGUAUGAAGCCGAUCACGUGCUUUUCAUCAUCAAUUUAAGAAGGGAAAGUCAUUGGGUUUUUGGGCGUCUUGACGUGAACGAAGGGACGUUAUUUCUGUACAAUUCUUUGAGAACCGCGAAGAUGAAUGCCGCAGCUAGGAAUGCGAUGAAGGCUUAUUCCGUGUUGCUGCCUUUGUUUUUCGAUUUACUUGGGUUCUGGAAGAAUAGAGCACAAGCUCCUGCCUCAGUUUCGACCCUACGACUCCAUUCAGAAUCGUGGAGCUUAGUGGUCUUGCGUCUCAGCAGAAGAAUGAUUGUGGAGCAUAUGUUGCUGCCUUUGCUGAAUUCUUUAUACACGGAAAGGAUGUCCCUGCAGACUUUGACAUCGAAGUUUAUCGAACCCGACUUGCUUCACUUUUCUACUCGUACGGACAAAGGAAAAUUGACGAAAGUAUUGACAGCGAGGAUGAGAAGCAAACCAAGUCUUCUAAGGCAUCUAAAUUGAAGAAAUAGGAUCUUUUAAUUUGGUGGCUCUAUUAUGUUAUUUGUUGAAUCUAUUUACUUGACAAGUUUUAGUGUUGUUGUUUCAAUGUAGGUAUUAUAUUUGAUUUUAUACUAUGUAGCUGGUUUAAAACUUUUAGGAUAUUUGACAUUCACUCCUUAUAAUAUCUUUAUUGUAUAGGUUUGUAUUUCCCAAAGUUGUGUGUUUUUUUAAUUGUUCAAGUUCUUAUAUACGGUCGCACAACUAUGGAGAAACUAUUAACCAACUAAAUACAAACUAUGUUUUCAUUUUUCCUAAAUAGUGCUAUGAAUGUAUAUUUAUUCUUCGUAUUCCA